ACAUAAGCAUAACUGAUAUUACAACACCUCUCUCUCUCUCUCUCUCUCUCGCUCUCGCUCUCUCUCACUCCCUCUUUCUCAUCUCUCAAUCAGAGUGAGUGAGCAGAUAUUUUUUUCCUUUGAAGCAAAUGGAUGUGAUGAUCAGAAAGUCGUACGGCGGCUACUCGAAGUUGGACAAGGAAGAUCCUGAAGAUGUAAAUCAUCGACGGGCGCAGUUCCUGAUCUACAAAGUGUUGCUGCAAGCAGAAAUGCGGCGAAGGCCUUCGAAUUUGAGGAUUCGGAUACGUAAACUGAAGGUGAAGAUUGGGAGGAGAUUAAAGAAGUUGAGGAAGAGCAUGCUUCUAGGUAUAUCUGCCGCCAGGGUUUGUGUUUAUAAGCGAGUUUUUAAUCAACUAAAAACUUGCAUGACCUUGUUUGGCCGCGGAGAUCAGGGAACUGUCAAUGCAACUCUUCCAGUUUUGCUUACCUGAUUUAAAUAGUUUUAAUCAUGUCUCUUUAUUUUCUUCUCAUCCAUCUUUUUUCAUAUAAAUACCAACUUGGAAUUUCGAUCGGCG